AUGUCGAUACCGUCCACACCGAGAUGGCCUGCAGACGAAACGGGCGUGCCAGAGAUAGCCGGCGACGAGUGCUUCGGAGAUCUGGUAGACAAACUGUGCCAGUUCUUUGAGCAUAAGAUCAAGCUGCCACAUACCUUCGAAGACUUGCGUCGAUCGCAGGAGGGCCGGGCAGUCCAGCCUCUCAUCGCAUACCUGUCCACCCAAGUCGACCACCCUGCCCUCGUAUCCGCUCUACUAGCCCUGAAGGGGCAUUUCUCUGCCUUGGAGGAAACCAGCGACGAGCCUGGUGUGAACGAAGCGCGAGGCUACGCAUGCGAGUUCGUAGCCUGGCAAUUCUUGACGAACCUGAAAGAAGCCGACAUCAUCGAGUCUCUGCUAGUAGAACUCCCGCCGGCAACGACGCCGACCACCUCCAACCCACCGAACGGCUACCACUCGGGCGAGAACGAACGCGACACCACACAUGCCGACGAGCGGUCGCCUUUGCUUCCCGUAUCCAACACCGACUACUUCGGCCACGCCGACUCUUCCAGAUCACGCUUCGGAUCGCUGAUGUCACAAUGCGAGAAUCUCAGUGCAUUGGAGCUUGCGACUGUAUCUGGUGCGAAGAAGUUCCUGUCUCAGAGACCAGUCCAGAAGAUCAUAAAUGGCUUGUGGAAAGGCGACAUCGUAUUCUGGGAGACCCUCAGUCUACACUCGGAGAAGAAGCCCAAAAAGUACAACCGGAAGCAGGCCGAUCCCUUCUCCCGGCUACGCGUUCCAUUGUACUUGAAGAUUUUCGAGACACUCUUUUUCGCGGCAUUCUUGGGACUGUACUACGCAGUUCUAGUGCAGCGAAACAACGCCCGAGUAACCAUUCCCGAGAUACUGCUAUACGUGUGGAUUGCCAGCUUCGCGUACGAUGAAUUUUCGGAUUGGUUAGACGCAGGGCAAAGCUCGUUCUAUGCCUCGGACUUUUGGUGGACCUGGGACAUCAGUAUCGUCGUUGUGGGCUUUGUCUUCUGCAUUAUGAGGAUUGUUGGAUUGACUACAGCCAACGCUACCACCAUCGAUCUUGCCUAUGACGUACUCGGACUAGAGGCUCUCUUCCUCGUGCCGCGUAUCUUCUCUCUCUUGAGUCUCAAUCGAUAUUUUGGCACCCUGAUUCCGUGUCUCAAAGAAAUGACCAAGGACUUCAUCAAAUUCCUGUCACUGGUAGUCAUCCUGUACCUGGGGUUUCUAACUACUUUCGUACUGCUGGCUAGAGAUAGUAGGUUCAAUGCGAAGCAGAUGAGUUGGAUCCUGAUCAAGGUCUUCUUCGGUUCUAGCUACCUAGGUUUCGGUGACUCGCCGUUCUUCGGACCUCCUGUAAUGCUUGUUUUCGUCACUUUGACAAACAUCUUGUUGAUUACAAGCCUCAUAUCGCUUUUGAGCAACUCGUUGAGUAAGGUUCUUGAUCAUGCGCGAGAUGAAUAUUUGUUCAUCUAUUCCGUAUACGUGCUCGAAGCAUCAAGCUCGAAUCGAUUGACAUACUUCCUGCCUCCACUGAACCUCAUUCCGCUAGUCAUUCGACCGUUGCGGCUCGUCAUCCCCUCCGAGCGACUCCGGAGCGUCCGGAUCGUCUUGCUCAAGGCCACGCAUCUACCUCUUGUAUUUGCAAUCUGGGCUUACGAGCAGAUGACCGAUACCCGUAAUCUCGAUGUGAAAGUGACAUCUUUCAGCGGACCGCAGACACCAACCCCACCAAAAAAGGCUCUUCGGUUGCCGGUCAACUCUCCACGCCUAUUGAUGGCGGAAGCACCAAACUCAUUUGCGAGGAAGCCCCAGAAGCCCCAGGCACGAGCAGGGUCUACAGAAACCGAUGCUCCAUUGAAGGCACUAGUCCUUAAGCUUUCAACGCAAGUUGAAGAACUUACUGCGAUGGUGUCGCAGCUCCAGCAGCAGCGCGAAGCGAGCACAUCGGUCGCUUGA